GAAAAACGGUAUGUCAUAGGGUCUGAUAUAGAUAGUAGUGAGUGGCAACAAUGGUUCAGUCUUCUCGCUGGCCGCGUCGCGUGUGCAGGUUGGUUCCUCAUCAGUGACCCUGAACCAUGAAGCUCGCUAGUGGUCACGAGGUGGAGGUGCUGGAGGGGGAGGAGCUGGCGAAGCAGAUGAAGGACUUCCACGGCUACACCGACGGGCUGGUUCGCCUCACUCCCGGACGCUGGCUCUUCCCGAAACCAUAUCUGCGCUUCGCCGACAAGUACUUCAAGUUUGAGUUCCGCCCCAGCGAUGUGGUGGUGGAUACGUACCCGAAGUGCGGCACCACCUGGAUGCAAGAGAUCAUCUGGACCAUGAAGCACAACCCGGACCUCACCAAUCCCCUUGCCGGUCUCCACGUCCUCGCCCGAUCCCCUUUCUUGGAGAUGGACAUGUUAUUCCAAGAGACAAAACUAGACGAAGAAAUGAGCGAGAAUCUUUUCUUCGAGGGCUUCAAAUUGAUGUGUCCGGGCAGGGACCCCAAGGACGGCAUGACUCUGCAGAUGGCCGAGUGUGUGCCCGACCCUCGCGUCAUCAAGACCCACCUCCCCCUCUCGCUCGUUACGCCCUCGCUGUUGGACACUUGCAAGGUGGUGUACGUGGCCAGGAACCCCAAGGACAUGGUCGUCUCCUAUCACCACCACAGUAAGCUCAUCAACAUGCACGGCUUCAAGGGCACCUGGGAGGACUUUGUCGAGUACUUCGUAACCGAUGACCUGGUGUACGGAAACUACGCCCUCAUGCUGAAGGAGGCGUGGGAGAAGCGGAACCACCCCAACAUGCACUUCGUUUUCUACGAGGACAUGAAGGCAGACGUGAUGGGGGAACUCAAACGUCUCGACGCCUUCCUCGGCACCAAACUCACGCCCCAGCAGCUGGAGGGCGUGGCUCGACACACCAGCUUCAAGGAGAUGAAAGCCAGGGACCCAAUGACGAUCGACAUGGAGAAGUCAAACCUGAUGGAUGCGGAGCUCAUUAAGAAAGAGGGAGGAUUCUUCAGGAAAGGAGAAGCUGGUGACUGGAAGGGCAAAUUCUCCCCCCAACUUUUGGCCAAAGUGGACGCCUGGAUUGAAAGGAACAUCAAAAGCAUGGGCGUGGACUUCAAGUAUUCCAUCUGAGGUGAUCUACGGCGUCGACGUCUCUAGAACACAUUAGACAAGAGAAUUUUAGAUUUAUUUUUAGAAAGAUUCAAUACAGUAUACAACAUCGA